AAAGACCUCCCACUUCGUGAGACAGAAGAUAGUCACAAUAAUAAUCCAAUAUUAAUUAAGAGUAAACCACAGAAAAAGCAUGUUAGUGAUGCUAGUAAUAAGUCAUCAAGUAAGAAAGCAAGAAAGCAGUUUAAAAAAGAAGAUUCACCUACAUUAAAAAAACUUAUAAGCGAAUUGACUACUGAUGCUUCUGAAAUCUCAAAAGUUAAU